ACAAUUGCACGUGCGGCUUGAUAUAACAUUGUAUCGCGAUGUAAAGCGGUCAUUUCCUUUCUACGUGAUCCAACAACGAUCACUCUGGAGAACGAACUUGAAAAAAUACAAAUCUAGGACGGACCCAACGGAAACAGUGUCCAAAUUUCUUUGGUACUGUACGACAUCUGACCCGACCAACGACUAUGAGUAUGGAAACAGUGCUACCAUCUGGGCAAGUUUACAUGGAUGCUGAGGCAUAUGAACCACCCAUGUACAACGAUGCCUUUCCACCAUUGCAGCCAGCCAGUCCAACAGAAAAUUGUCAACCAGCAAUGCCUAAUCCUGGGCCUAGCUACUCUAGCAUGGCAGUCAAGUCUUCCACUGUUACUCAGGUAUUCCAUGUGCCUUUGGAAGAGCGGAAGUACAAGGAGAUGAACCAGGGUUUUGGAGAAACUGGCAGUCAGUCUAGUAAUAUCUGCCAAAUGAUUAUGAACAAAACUGGUGCUUCGAUAGAAAUGAGUUUGGCAAAGGAUAGAAGUAUGACAAUUGUUGUUACUGGCAAAUCAGAUGCUGUAAGAAGGGCUCGCAGGGAACUCAUUGCUAAACUACAGACCCAGGCAAGUUCACAAUUGGCCAUUCCGAAAGAUCAUCAUCGUUAUAUCAUUGGACGUAAUGGUGCAAAGCUAAAAGAACUUGAGUUGGCAACGGCAACUAAGAUCACUAUUCCAAAUUCAGACGAAAAUGCUGACUACAUCAAGAUUAUUGGAACCAAGGAAGGCAUUGACAAAGCUUGCCAUGAAAUACAACUUAUAUCUGAUGAGCAGGCUAAGCUUGCAUUUGAAAUUCUCAAUAUACCUUGCCACUUCCACCCUUUUAUUUGUGGAGCUGAGAACAAGAAUCUAAAGUUGAUUAUGGAACAGACUGGAGCUAAGAUUAAUGUUCCACCGCCAACUAUUCAUAAAGAUGAAAUUGCUGUAUCUGGUGAGAAAGAUGGUGUGAGGAAUGCUGUAAUGAAAAUCAAGUUAAUCUAUGAGGAAAAGAAACGCAAGACCACAACUGUAUCUCUUGAAGUACGCAAGUCUCAGCAUAAGUAUGUAAUUGGCCCUCGUGGUUCCACAAUUCAGGAAAUUCUAGCUUCUACUGGAGUGUCUGUAGAAUUGCCACCAUCAGAAGAUCCAUCAGAAACCAUCACAUUAAGAGGUGAACAGGACAAACUUGGACCUGCAAUUACACAAGUCUAUGCUAAGGCCAACAGUGUUAUAAUUGAAGAGGUACAUGCUCCAUCCUGGCUUCAUCGUUUUAUCAUUGGACGCAAAGGCAAGAACAUCAAAGAAAUUACACAGAACCUACCUAAGGUACACAUAGAGUUUCAAGAUGGUCGUGAGGCUAUUAUUGUGGAGGGACCACCAGAGGAAGUAGAGCAGGCUCGCAAAGCAUUAGAUGAUAUCUCCAAAGAUCUUCAAAGCCGUUUUGAUUUUGCUAAUGUUGAAAUCAAUCAAAAAUUUCACAAACACAUCAUUGGAAAGAAUGGUGUUAACGUUAAUCGCAUUAAAAGUGCUACAGGUGUGUCUAUAUUGAUUCCUUCUGAUGAUAAACCCAGCAACACAAUUCGUAUUGAAGGAAGUCCUGAAGGUGUUCAACAUGCCAAGAAAGAGUUGCUGGAUAUGGCUCUCAGAAUGGAAAAUGAGAAGAGCAAAGACAUUCUGAUUGAUCAUCGUUAUCACCGUGCUAUUAUUGGCUCAAAGGGUGAAAACAUCAAGAGUGUUCGUGAUCUCUUCAAAGAUGUUCAAAUCACAUUUCCUAAUCCAAAUGAAAAAAGUGAUAUUGUGUCUUUGAGAGGACCAAAGCAAGAUGUCGAGAAAUGUUACAAGUAUCUGCAGCAGAUGGUAGCUGACCAUGCAGCAAAAAACUUCCGCCUUGAUGUUCCUGUUUACAAAAAAUUUCACAAGAACAUUAUUGGAAAAGGAGGAAACACCAUUAACAAGAUCAAAGAGGUUACUGGAACAAGAAUUGAAAUUCCAACAGAAAACAGUGAUAGUGAUGUUAUUGUAGUGAUUGGCACAAAGCAGAAUGCUGAAAAAGCAAGAGAUAUGAUCCUUGUCAUUCAAAAAGAGUUGGUGAAUAUUGUGGAGGAGGAUGUUACUAUUCCUGCUAAGUACCAUCAGUCAUUGAUUGGUGCAAAAGGAAGACUCGUUCGUCAAAUAAUGGAAGAAUGUGGAGGGGUUUAUAUUCAUUUUCCGAAUGAAGGCUCAUUAAGUGACACAGUUUCAGUCAGAGGACCUAAAGAUGAAGUUUCUAAAGCCAAGGCACAUCUCCUUGAACUUGCUAGUGACAUGGAAGAGUCCAGUUUCACUGCUGAAGUACAUGCAAAACCAGAAUUUCACAAAUUCCUUAUAGGACGAGGGGGUGCUAAUAUUCGUAGCGUUCGUGAAGAAACAGGUGCACGAAUUGCAUUCCCUUCUCCCAAGGAUGAUGACCAGCAAACUAUUCAAUUGAUUGGCAAAAAAGAUGCUGUAAAAAAAGCUAAAGAGAAAUUGGAUGUAUUAAUUAAAGAUUUAGAGAACAUUGUGGAAGGAGAAAUUGCGGUAGAUCCUAAAUUUCAUAGACACUUUGUAGCAAGACGUGGACAAAUUCUGCGAGAGAUUGGAGACGAGUAUGGAAAUGUUCAAAUCAGCUUUCCUCGUAAUGGCUCCAAAAGUGACAAAGUCAGCAUUAAGGGAUCCAAAGACUGUGUUGAAGGAGCUAAACAACGCAUUCUGGAUAUUGUUGAAGAUUUGGAAUCUCAAGUGAGCAUCGAGUGCAUCAUUCCUCAGCGAUACCACCGUACAGUUAUGGGAGCUAAAGGUUGCAGAGUUCAAGCUGUUACUGCCCAGUUUGAAGUUGGCAUUAAAUUUCCUGAUCGCAUACAGAAUUCUGAGACCAAUGGAGGAACUACUGAGGAAACACAAGUAAACGGUGAUGCUAAUAGUGAAACAAGCGAAGAAGACAAACCCAAGAAGAGUGAUACUAUUUUCAUCACUGGCAAGAAAGAGAAUUGUGAGAAAGCCAGAGAUGCUCUAUUGGCUCUUGUUCCUAUUACUGAGGAAGUUGAAGUACCUUUUGAUUACCAUCGUUUUAUUAUUGGACAGAAGGGAGCCGGUGUACGACGUAUGAUGCAACAAUUUGAUGUUAAUAUUGCUAUCCCUCCUGCCAAUCAGCAGUGUAGCUUGGUAAAGGUUACUGGCCCUCCCAAGAAUGUUGAUGAUGCUAAAAAUGCACUUCUGGAACGUGUUAAAGAACUUGAUGAAGAGAAGGAAGAAAGAAUGUUGAGGAACUUUGAGGUGGUUGUGAAUGUUAAUCCAAAACAUCACCCAAAGAUCAUUGGUCGGAAAGGAGCUGUUAUCACCAAGAUCAGGCAAGAUCAUGAUGUCAAUAUUCAGUUUCCAGAGCGAGAUGAUACUGAACAAGAUCGCAUAGUUAUAACUGGAUAUGAAGCAAAAGCACAUGCUGCAAAAGAUGCCAUCUUAAAACUAGUGCAGGAGUUGGAAGACCAAGUGAGCAUAGAGGUAAAAAUUGAUCAUCGCAUCCAUAGUCGUCUCAUUGGAGGAAAGGGACGUGCAAUACGCAAAGUGAUGGAUGACUUCAAGGUAGACAUACGCUUUCCUCGUGCUAGUGAUCCUGACCCAGAUAUAGUAACCAUCACCGGCAUGGAAGAUGAUGUGUAUGAUUGCAAGGAUGAAUUGUUGAACAAGGAGGAGGAGUAUCUGCAAGAUAUUACUGAUGAUGAAAUGAUGUCCAAAUACAGACAUGCACCAAGUCGCAAGGAGCAGAAUUAUCAAAGUGAACCGUCUACUGGAUUCAUCGUGCGCGAGGCUCCUUGGAAUCAAGCUCCUCCAAACACACAAGAUACUGAAGCUUUUCCAUCCAUUGGAGCAUCUUCAGCACCUACACCCAGACAUGCUCACUGGGGCCCAACAAAAAAACACUAAAAAUUUCUUUUUUUUUGUUGACAUAUGGUAAACUUCUUAUCUUUUAAUGACUGCUACUUUAACUUAAUUGCUGUAUAUAACAGAUGUUAUGUAUCAACAUGAUAGAAUAUUAAAAAAAUGGUUUAGUACAGUCAAACCAACAUUUUUUUUCAGUACUGUACUGAAUGCAGAAGAUAAUGUGCAUUAAUUCCCAAAUUCUAAUUAUAUUUCUGUAGUUACUGUGUUUAGUAAAAUUAAGAGCAAAGAAUGGAAUUGACAUGUGUAGCAAAUGAUAUCAAAUAACUCGUGCGAGUGACAAUGAUGCAUGGACUCAGUGCCUUGUAAAUCUCGUUGUAGGAUUGACAUGUAUUCAUGUACUUAAUGGCUGUCUGGGUUGCCAGCACACCAAUAGAUUAAGCUGUGCUCUAUAAUGUAUACUAAUCCUUUAUUAUGAAGCAUCUCCCUUUUUUUAAAUGUUACUAAAUGUAAAUGGAAGUUAGAUACAUGUCCAUGCAUUCAAUAAUAAUGUGCUUCCAAAUGUUAAAAUAUAUUAAUUCAGUGUUUUCAGAUAAGGAAAUAUAAAAAAAAAAA